GGAGCGCGCGGCCACCUUCUCGCCGGUCGCCACCCUCACCCAGACCAUGCACGACCUGGCUGGGCUCGGCAGGGAGGCCCCAAAGAGUCAGGUAGGCAGCCUGCUCACAUGCCUAUCCCUGUCCCCGCGGCGAGCAUCAGCAUCCUCCCUGUCGUCUGAGUCCUCUGAAUCUUCUGAUGCAGGGCUCUGCAUGGAUUCUCCCAGCCCCAUGGACCCCCAGAUGGCGGAGCAGACGUUUGAGCAGGCCAUCCAGGAAGCUAGCCGGUUCGUUCGAAGCAAGCAGUUCCCCAUCCGACGCUUCCAGUCCUUGCCGGUGAGGCUUCUGGGCCACAGCCCUGUGCUACGGAACAUCACCAAUGCCCGAGCGCCUGGCAGCUGGAAGAAGAGUGAGGCGCGUGACCAAACUGCCCACAGCUCUGAGGAGGAUAAGGAGAAUGUGCGCUUCCCGCAGGCCAGAGUGGGACCACUCCAGGGAGAGAGAGGGGCAUGCUGGGUGGUGCUCUGGCAUGUGAUGACGCCACCUCUUCCCCCCCCCCCCCCCCCCCCCAACGCCCAUGCUCUGGCCGAGUGGGCCAACCGCAGAGAAGCCUUUGCCCAGAGGCCAAGCUCGGCCCCCGACUUGAUGUGUCUCACCCCUGAGCGGAAGAUGGAAGUAGAGGAGCUGAGUCCCCUGGCCCAGCGCUUCCCCCUGACCCCCACCAAGGGAGUUCCUGACGAAGAUGAUGGGUUUGUGGACAUCCUGGAGGAUGACUUAGAGGACGCUGAUUCAGUUCCCCCAGGCAUAGAGAGCCUCAUUAGUGCCCCCCUGGUCAAGACUUUGGAAAAGGAGGAGGAGCAGGACUUCAUCAUGUACAGCAAGUGCCAGCGGCUCUUCCGCUCUCCGUCCAUGCCCUGCGGUGUGAUCCGGCCCAUCCUCAAGAGACUAGAGCGACCCCAGGACAGGGACCUGCCCGUACAGAACAAGCGGAGGAAAAGUGUGACCCCUCUGGAGGAGCAGCAGGAGGCCGAGGAACCUAAAGCCCGGGUCCUUCGCUCCAAGUCCUUGUGUCACGACGAGAUUGAGAAUAUCCUGGACAGUGACCACCGUGAACUGAUUGGGGAUUACUCUAAGGCCUUCCUCCUACAGACUGUGGAUGGGAAGCACCAAGACCUCAAGUACAUCUCACCAGAAACGAUGGUGGCCCUGCUGAUGGGCAAGUUCAGCAACAUCGUGGAGAGGUUUGUGAUUGUGGACUGCAGAUACCCCUACGAGUAUGAAGGCGGGCACAUCAAGACUGCUGUGAACCUGCCCCUGGAACAGGACGCCGAGAUGUUCCUGCUGCAGAGCCCCAUCACACCCUGCAGCCUGGACAAGAGGAUCAUCCUCAUUUUCCACUGUGAAUUCUCAUCUGAGCGUGGGCCCCGCAUGUGCCGUUUCAUCAGGGAGCGAGAUCGAACCAUCAAUGACUACCCCAGCCUCUACUAUCCUGAGAUGUACAUCCUCAAAGGCGGCUACAAGGAGUUCUUCCCGCAGCACCCGACCUUCUGUGAACCCCAAGACUAUCGGCCCAUGUGCUUCUCCUCUACCAACACCCUAUCUCCUAGAAGAGCCCAGCCUGUUGACAAAAAGUCCCCCUUUUCCUAG